CCUGCUUGCAUGCCUCCUCCUUCCUGCUCCUGGGAGGCCUAGGCGCCCACCGGGGACUGGAGUGGGGCCUGCGCCCGGCCCCUCAGCCUCUCUGUCCCUCCUCCUCCUCCUCCUCUGCCCAGAGCCAUGGCGGCCUCGGCCUCGGAGCCCAGCAGCAGCAGCGGAGGAGGCCGCUACCAGCAGUUGCAGAAUGAGGAGGAGUCUGUUGAAAACCUGGAAGUUGUGAAUGAUUUUCCACCACCUUAUAGCAGCAUUUCUGGUGAAAACACAGUGUAUUUUGACUUCAAAGAUGAGUCAGGGUUUCCAAAACCACCUUCUUAUAAUGUGGCCACAACACUGCCCACAUAUGAUGAGGCUGAGAGAACUAAGGCAGAAGCCACUAUUCCUUUAGUUCCUGGAAGGGAGGAGGACUUUGUGGCACGGGAUGAUUUUGAUGAUACUGACCAGCUGAGGAUAGGAAAUGAUGGCAUUUUCAUGCUGACCUUCUUCAUGGCAUUCCUUUUCAACUGGAUUGGAUUCUUCCUCUCUUUCUGUUUGACUACUUCAGCAGCUGGAAGAUAUGGGGCCAUUUCUGGAUUUGGUCUCUCUCUCAUUAAAUGGAUCCUGAUUGUCAGGUUCUCCACCUAUUUCCCUGGAUACUUUGAUGGCCAGUACUGGUUGUGGUGGGUGUUCCUUGUUUUAGGCUUUCUCCUGUUUCUCAGAGGAUUUAUCAAUUAUGCAAAGGUUCGGAAGAUGCCAGACACAUUUUCUACUCUUCCCAGGACUAGAGUUCUGUUUAUUUACUAAAGAUGCUUUCUGGCAACAUUUUCCUGCAUUAAUGAAUUCUCCCUCAACUAGUAAGUGAACAUCAAUCAGCAGGAUGUGAAUCAAGACGGAACACAACAAGAAAAAAAAUCACCUGCUUUAAAAUCAAUAAAGUACUGUUGAAAAAGAAAAGGAAGCAUUUAUUUCUAUUUGUUUCUAGAUGUAAAAUUUUAAUAGUUUAAUGCAAAACUCCUAUUAUCAUUGAAUCAUUAGUGGCUAACGUUUGAAAUGGCUCUUGCAAUCAAGUCUGUGAUGUUACUAAUAAUGCCUUAUAUAGUAUUUGUAGUCCUUUAAAUAGCAUGAGCUAUUGCCCUGUAGCCAGAAGGGGUCAGUCUUGCUUUUUGUUCUCCUUCCUAAAAAUGAACUUGGAAUAUGUUUUCUUAGUGUAAGAUAUGUAAUAAUGCUGGCCAUUGUGAAGGGUUGUUCUUGGAACUUUAGAUACUUGUUUUGACUGUGUUUCUGCACAUAUGUAUCUGUUGUUAAAAUAAAAUGAAAAACAACCUGGAAUUAAAACAUACAUGCAUAAUGUGGAUGUUUUAAGAGGAUAUUCUUAAGAAGGUGGUAUACAAGUGUUAAUUUCUAGUAAUAUGUAUUCAGUAUUUCUUACACUUGUACUGCACACAUUUUGGAUAGGGACUCUCACAAUGUAUGUUGGUGACAUCAAACUGAAAUAAUUUGAUGAUGCAGGGUAUAUGUAAAAGCAGAUCUUUAUUUUUUGUUGACUUUAGUACUCUUAAGGUUGUCUCUAACAUGCUUGUACUUUCAUUUCUAGUUUCUGAUGCAUUUAAAUAUAGAAUAACAUACACUUUUGAUUUCUGCAAGGCAGUAAUUCAGAAAUUUAUUAUGUUCAAAAUGUAAAUAUAGCAGAAUGUUAAUAAAUGUCACUUAUAUUA